GCCUGCAAAGCCUCUCACUGCCCCUAGCCAGAGUCAAGGGCUUCCUCUCGCCCUGGUAUUUCCUGGGAGCUCCUGGGGCAGAAGAAGUGCUAGCCUUGGGGGCACACCUAACAGCUUGGGGACCACAAAGGCAAAGGAAACCGCCUUCCGCUCCCAUCUCCUCCUCCACACCCCUUGGUUUUCAAGCACCCAUCUCCACCAUAGGGUGGUGCCAUAGCGUCAUCUGCUCUGACCCCUGUACCUGUUCCAGAGUCACCAGCUUGCCAUCCCAUUUUCCAGUGAAGAUCCAGGAAUCCCCAUUCCAGAACCCGCCCACCAUCCCCACCUGCUGCAGCUGAGACCCCAGAGCCCCUGUUAUCACCUGGGACCCUGAAAAAGUCCCAACUCCUGCUCAUGCCCGUUGCUUUGGAAAUGAUCCUGCUUCUCCUCCUCUUCGGGAGCAUGGGGGCAGAAAACCUGACUGAAGUGUCUCCAAGAAGCUCUCCUUUGUGGACAUCUAAAGCCACAAUAGCCUCUCUUUCUUCGGUCUCUGAGACCCUACCUUUCAACUUAGUGACAACCAGUCUUACAACAAACAAGGUCUCUAAGAUGAGUGAUAACCCUGAGCACCAGAUCUUACCGCCUUCCUCGAUUCCCUAUAUAGCCAAUGUGGUGUCCUCUCCUGAAACUUCCCCCACUGCCAGCAGGGGCAGUCCUGUAUCUGAGUCAACAAUCUCCCAGGAAGAUUCAAUCAAGUCAAUAAAGCCCAUGGAAAUCUCUGAUGCCCCCAGCACAACUGGUGUCUCAGUAAUGAAACCUACAGGAUUCCCUACUAUGACUAGUGAAACCAUGGCAACUAGCCCUCUGGAGACCUCCAAUGGGACCAGUGGAACUAGCCCUCUGGAGACCUCCAGUGCGACCAGCAAAGUCCUAUUAACUAUGGCAACUAACUCUCUGGAGAUCUCUGGUGGGACCAGUAGACCUCCUGUCACCAUGGCAACAAGCUCUCUGGAGACCGCCAGUGGGACCAGCAAAGUCCUGUUAACUAUGGCAACUAGCUCUCUGGAGCUCUCUGGUGGGACCAGUAGACCUCCUGUCACCAUGGCAACAAGCUCUCUGGAGACCGCCAGUGGGACCAGCAAAGUCCUGUUAACUAUGGCAACUAGCUCUCUGGAGCUCUCUGGUGGGACCAGUAGACCUCCUGUCACCAUGGCAACAAGCUCUCUGGAGACCUCCAGUGGGACCAGGGAACCCCUUGUCACCACGGCAACUAGCUCUGUGAAGACCAUCAGUAUGACCAGUGGAUCCCCUGUCAUCAUGAAAACUAGCUCUCCUAAGACCUCCAAGGGGACCAGUGGACUCCUGAGCACCAUGCCAGCUACCUCUCUCAAGACUCCCAUGGGGACCAGUGGCUCCACUAGCCAUGAAGUAACAACAUUCAGCCCCAAUACCUCCACAAACAUAAGCAGGAGGGACAAACUAAUUCCAGCUCAGGGGACAAAAGGCACCUUGCUGGUGGCUGUGCUUGUGGCCCUGCUGGUGGUCGUUGUCCUCGUGGCCUUAAUCCUGUUGUGGCUCCGGCGGCAGAAGCGGAAGACAGGAGUCCUGACACUGGGCAGCAGUUGGAAACGCAAUGGGGCGGUAGAUGCCUGGGCUGGGGUCGCCCAGGUGCCUGAUGAGGAGGCCAUGACAGCCACAGAGGGAGCGUCUGGGGGGAACAACGACUCUGAUGGCCCCCACAGGGAGGGGUCUGGCCAGCGACCCACACUCACCACUUUCUUUGGUAGACGGAAGUCUCGCCAGGGCUCCAUGGCGCUGGAGGAGCUAAAGGCAGGGCCAGCCUCCAGCUUAAAGGGGGAAGAGGAGCCGCUGGUGUGCAACGAGGAUGAGGGUGCAGAGGCCCCUACUUCUAAUGGGCCAGAAGCGAGAGAGGUGAAGACCCCUUAAUGCUCGAGAAUCUCAAGACUGGAGUAGAACCAUUCCCGCUUUUAUCACCUUCCCUCCCAUCAUCACCAAGAGCUUGAUAUCCAACCUCCUCAUCCAUCACCCAGCAUUUUCACCCAGCACUCUUUGGAUUUUAACACAGCAUCUUCACCCUUAAUCUUCAUUCAGCUUCUUAACCCUGGCUCUUCUAGCCAGCAUCCACACCCAGCAUCCACCCCCAGCACCUAGACCAGGGCCUACACCCACUGAACACUUGCAGAUGGAACGAAUGAAACUUCCUCAUCAACACCUACUUCUCCCCAUCACAUUUUCUCCACAUUUUGGUCCUUGAAACUAGCCGCUGAGUCUCUGGAAACGCCAGACUUCCUGGAUUGGUGAUUUCUCAGCAGAUUCCCCACAGAUAUCAGAGUCUGGGAAGAAGGAAUUGGCAACCCAGCAAGCUCCCACUUCAGGAUUACUCUGGAAAGUACAUUUGGCCCCAUGGAUUAGAUCAUUUGUACCGGAUUAGCCCAUGAACUGCCUGUAACUCUGGGUGCCAGUGGUCUGUGCCAGGCCAGCCCAGAGCAUGGGCUGGGUGGUGUCACCUCGGGGUGCUUUCAGUGUAUCUAUGAUGGCUCCAGACCCCUAGACUGGCCCACGGUCCCAGCUGCCACACUCCCCCCACCUCUGGACGGAGGCGGCCAGAGGCUUCGGUUGUUUCUCCUCCCAAGAGCAGAGGUGAGAAGUUUCUGGGCAGGUGUAGUUCUUAGAAGUCUUGGUGUCUGCGUGGGUCCACUCAUGCAUGCGGUUUGUGUGCAGGAGGCGAGGACUUGGUGAUGUUUGUGACGGACAGUGGGGAGUAGUACAGACAGUGUGAGGGAGGGGGCAGGAAGGGCUGCGGAGGCUGGGGAGAUGCCACCCUGAGGAGGUGCUGAGAGGCACCCUUGUCUUUGCUCAGAUGGGUGGAGGUGGAAGAUUUAAUUCUGUCUGUGGCCUGGCUUGCGAGAAAGACUGCAUGUGUGACUGAGUGUCGUUCUUCAACUCAGCCUCAAAGUACCCUGUAACCCCUACCCCUAUCCCCUCUUCCCCUCCCCCACCCCUCCAGCCACACCCUCCCCCACUUCCCACCCCCCCACUCUUUCAUCCAUCAUCCCCUCCCCUCCCCCCAUCACCCCGCCAAUGCACACACUGAGUCCCAGGACUCGCUGAUGCUGUUACCCGUUUAAUUGUGAGAGAGGGAGCUGUGACAGGUCCCAGAAUCAGGAGCAUCCCUGUGGCUCUGGGAUGGAGAAAAGGGGACAAGACCCAGCUGCACUAUCUCUGAGACCAUUCCAGGCCAGUGCCCUGGGCACCACGUGGACCCAGAGGCCGUUGGUAUUUCCCCAGAACAAAGAGGAUUUGCAAAGAGGAAGUUGUUGAGUUAAGAGGAGCAGUGACCAAGAGCAGACGUACUGACCUACAAAAGGAGAGGCCAAGAGACACCAUGGUGGUGUGAGUGCCAGGUGGUUUGGAUCAGAGGGGAUGUGGGAGACAGGGAAAGGGCUGGGUCAGUCAGUUCAUGGGAGGGUGGGGGAGAGAUGGGGAGAGAAGUGGCAGAAAGUGGCCAGGGACCCACCCAGAAUUGUGCCACCCACACCUGGGCAAGCGGGGGUGGAAAUCUAAGUCUUCCCCACACUUGUCUGGGUGCCUUUUUUUUUUUUUUGGCCAUGCCAUGCAAGCAGGAGGGAUCUUAGUUCCCCAACCAAGUAUGGAACCCACACCCUUUGUCAAAUAAAUAAA